GCCCACUUUCAAGACGUUUGUUCUGACGUGCACAUGGACAUUGCCGACGUUGCGCGACUGUUGCAAGACGAAUCAAGCAGGAGCGAGGUAGCACGGCUGAUGGUUGAUAGGCUGCUGAAAUACACAGACUAUCACGCGUUCGAAAAGCUCAUGCACCGGCAUUACUGGGCUAUGGUCAAGGAAGUUCGCCUCUUCUGGGAUAUUGAGAACGUGGGCUGGGACGAUAUGCAGCAGAAUGGAAGAGAGGUUGUUAGGGCCUUGCGCAACUUUCUGGAUACCAAGAACAUCGGUGGCUUUGCAGCACAGAUGUGGGCAGUGGCUCCAACUUGGCGCUUUGCAGACCAUCCACAUGUGGUUGAUGACUUGGAGGACGCCGCUAUACGGGCGGUGAACUGUAAAUCUAAGCCGGAAGCUGCAGAUCAUGUUAUCAAAGGCGAGAUUGAGAAGGCUGCCUUAUUGUACGGAAAGUACCAGGUACCUGCAAGCUCCAUUGUUUUUAUUGUUAUCACGUCAGAUCAGGACUUCACAGAUGUUCUGCAGAAACUCCAGUACAGUGGAUACAAGACUGUGUUGAUCCACAAUGCUAAGGACGGCAGCAGGCACGUUGACAUGAUGUCGCUGCAUGCCAGCCAUGCCUACACAUGGAAAGAGGUCUUGCCACCUUCAUUUCGCCCAGCCCCGUGUCCUGCACGAAAGAGUGGAAAGAGUGACUGGCAGAAACUGGUGGACUGGGCCAGGGGUAGGGUCCAUCCUCCUGUCUGGGUAAAUGGGAUGGAGGACCAGGAGCACAUCUGGUUAAUAAGCCUUCAAUUUGGCAGAGGCCUUUUCCCUAAAGAGAUCUGUCUCUCCAAAGGAGAGACAAGAAAUGCCGCAGCUGGGACAGCUUUGGAAGCCUUAGCGCAGCUCCUCGGACAACAGGCUGAGGCCAACAUUGAACAGCGCGCGCUGCAUGCCACGCUGUCCAAAACAUGCCAAGCAGAGCCCACGUGA